AUGAAACAGGUUGUGACAGAACUUGAGACUGCCCUUGAAUAUCAACUUUCAACUGCUUCAGUAUCAACACCCACAUACCAGCCCGGUUUUGAAAAGCUCAAACAAGAAAAGGUUGAUCUCCGAGAACAUGAGAGACACCAGGAUCAGUACAAGUGGUUGGAAACUCAUGGAGUGGAAGAGGAGAAUUUGGUCCAUAAUCUACCAAAGGAUCCAAGAAGAGACCUAAAGCGACAUAUUUGUGUUGAUUUGGUCAAGAGGGUUCCUUUGUUCAAGGACAUGAAUGAGAGGCAACUCCACGAUAUUUGUCAACGACUGAAGCCGCGAUUAUACACUGAUAAUAUUUGCAUCAUCCAAGAAGGAGAUUCUGUCGAUGAAAUGCUCUUCAUCAUACGUGGUCAUCUUGAGAGUACAACCACAUACAAAGAGAAAAGCAGUGUCUUCAACAAUGGUUAUCUAGGAGAUGGUGACUUCACUUGCGAGGAGCUUCUUACCUGGGCAAUUGACCCAAAAUCCGGUGCUAACUUCCCAUCUUCCACUAGAACCUUGAAGGCCUUAAGUGAGAUAGAAGCAUAUGGAUUACCAGCUAACGAGUUAAAAUUUAUUGUCCAUCACUUUGGGAUUCCCCAUAAACAGCUACAACACACUUUUCGAUUUUAUUCAAAGCGGUGGAGGACAUGGUCGGCAUUCUUUAUUCAAACAGCCUGGCGGAGAUAUUCCAAGAGGAAGGUUUUGAUGCAGCGAAGGAUGGAGGAAGAAGCUGAAUUGAACACAUGCAUCAAUGGAGGUGGUGUCGAUGGAACUUCCUCCAGUGUCGGAGCUACGUUUUUGGCCUUGACAUUUGCUGCCAAGGUAAUUCUUGGAGUCUACAGGAACCGGAACCUUAAGAUUGCAAGGGAAAUGAUGAAAUUGCAAAAGCCUCCAGAGCCGGAUUUUAAUGCUCAUGCUGAUUAG